AUGCGCUACACAACCAUCACUCUCCUUGUUAUUGGUCUUCUCACAGGCAAUGCCUUGACUGCACCUGCUCCUCAAUUCGGUGGCGGCGGCGGCGGCUUCGGAGGUGGCCGUGGUGGUGGUGGCGGCGGCGGUGGUAGAGGUGCCGUAGGUGGUGCAGGCGGCGGCGGCCGAGGAGGCUUCGGCGGUGGUGGCGCCGGUGCUGGUGCCGGAGCCGGCGCUGGUGCUGCUGGUGCCGGUGGUGCUGGAGGAGCUGGCCGUGGAGGCGGCGGCGGCAACAGAGGUCAGAACGCCGGCCAGAACGGAGGCGGCAACAACGCCGGCAACAACAAUGCCAACGCCGGUAACAACAAUGCCAAUGCCGGCAAUGCCAACGCCGGCCAGAACAACAAUAACAACAACCAGGACGACGCCGCUGCGGACGAUGCCGCGGCUGAUGCCAACAAUGGCAACGCGAACAAUAACAACAACCAGAACAACCAGAACAAUGGCAACAACAACAACAAUAGCCAGGACAACGCAAAUGACAAUGCGAACGCCGACGACAACGCCGAUCAAGCAGCGGACGCCGACGCGGCGGCCGACUUUGUUGGCCUGGCUUGCACCGACGGAACUGGUGCUGGCGCUUGCCAAGCAGACGGCCAGUGCGAUGUCAAUGGCGACGUCAAGGUUGUCGCAGGCCAGUGUGGCCAGGCCGCUGCCGACGCCUAA